AAAAAACUUCAACAACUCAUCACUUUUUCUGGGCAAACCCCCCUGAAAACAAUCAAGUUUCAUGGUGGUCACUUGUGUGGGUUGCUGAGCACCUCCUGGAUCACCAUCAAAUCCCUCAGACACGUUCCUGGAUUGAUUCAGGCUGGAAUCCUGCACUUUGCUUCACCCAAACCUGGCUGGUGACUGGAACUUUCUGCUGCUCCAGUGCCACAGUCCAGUUAAUACAAUUCAAUACCCACGGUGGCUUUGGGCACAGGGGACAGCUGCAGGAAGCUGGUGGUGGCUCUGGAAUAAAUCAACCAGGGGCCAGAUCUCCGAAUGGCUGUGCCAGAGGCUGGGGUUUGGGAAUGACCCUUGUGAGAUGGGAAUGCUGGAGCUGGUGGGGAUUUUUGGAAGAGGACAGGAUGGUCCCCAGGGGGCUGGGAGAGUGCUGGUCUCUACUGGGAUGUACUGGUGUGGCAGGAGGGAGCAUGGGGGAGCGCUGCCCUCUGUGUGCACCAAACCCAUCCCGUGAGGGAAAUCAUGGAGAAGGAGCCAGAGCUGGAGGAGGAGGAGGAGGAGGGAGCCUUCCUCAUGCCCACCCCUGUGUCUCUCUUGCAGGCUCUGCAGGUGGCUCGGCAGUUCCUGCUGCAGCAGGCCACGGGGCUCAGCUCCCCCAGCAGCAACGAGGGCAAGCAGCCGGCGGUGCAGGUCCCCGUGUCCGUGGCCAUGAUGUCCCCGCAGAUGAUCACGCCGCAGCAGAUGCAGCAGAUCCUGUCCCCACCCCAGCUCCAGGCCCUCCUGCAGCAGCAGCAGGCGAUAAUGCUGCAACAGCUGCAGGAAUACUACAAGAAGCAGCAGGAGCAGCUUCACCUGCAGCUGUUGACCCAGCAGCAAGCCGGAAAGCAGCAACCCAAAGAGCAGCCGUUGGGGAACAAGCAGCUGGCCUUCCAGCAGCAGCUCCUGCAGAUGCAGCAGCUCCAGCAGCAGCACCUGUUAAACCUGCAGCGCCAGGGCCUGGUGAGCCUCCCGCCGGGGCAGGGCACGGUGCCCCUGCAGACCCUGCCCCAAGCUGUUUGCCCCUCAGACCUCCAGCAGCUCUGGAAGGAGGUCACGGCCACCCAGCCCGUGGAGGACAGCAUUAAGCAGGAAGGUCUUGACCUCACCACCAACACCUCCAACUCUACCUCGUUUUCGGCCGCCAAGGUCUCGCCUCCCAUUUCCCAUCACCCUCUGCCCAAUGGACAGAGCACCAUGCACACGCCCAGAAGGGACAGCUCUUCCCACGAAGAGACCCCCGGCUCCCACCCGCUCUACGGCCACGGAGAGUGCAAGUGGCCUGGCUGCGAAACCCUCUGUGAGGACUUGGGGCAGUUUGUCAAACACCUCAACACAGAACAUGCACUUGAUGACCGAAGCACGGCCCAGUGUCGAGUCCAGAUGCAAGUGGUACAGCAGCUGGAGAUACAGCUGGCCAAGGAGAGCGAGCGUCUCCAAGCAAUGAUGGCCCAUCUUCACAUGAGACCUUCAGAGCCAAAGCCUUUCAGCCAGCCUGUAAGCCUGAACCUGGUCUCCAGUGCCACCCUCUCCAAGAGCACUUCCGACACGUUUCCCGACGGUUUACCUCAUCCCCCCACGUCGGCCACGGCGCCCAUCACCCCGCUGCGGCAGGGCCCCUCCGUCAUCAGCUCUUCCACUUUACACAACGUGGGGCCCAUCCGCAGGAGGAACUCGGAGAAGUUCUGCACCCCGAUCUCUUCAGAGCUUGCACAGAAUCACGAGUUUUACAAAAACGCCGACGUCCGGCCGCCCUUCACGUACGCCUCGCUCAUCCGGCAGGCCAUCCUGGAGACCCCCGACAGGCAGCUAACGUUGAAUGAAAUCUACAACUGGUUCACGCGGAUGUUCGCCUACUUCCGGAGGAACACGGCCACCUGGAAGAACGCCGUCCGCCACAACCUGAGCCUGCACAAGUGCUUCGUGCGCGUGGAGAACGUCAAGGGCGCCGUGUGGACCGUGGACGAGCACGAGUACCAAAAGAGAAGGCCACCAAAGAUGACAGGGAGUCCCACCUUAGUCAAAAAUAUGAUUUCAGGACUCGGUUAUGGAGCACUUAAUGCAAGUUACCAGGCUGCACUGGCAGAGAGCAGCUUCCCCCUGCUCAACAGCCCCACCAUGAUCAACACCAGCUCGGCCAGUGCCAUGCUGCACGUGGGCCACGACGACGUCAGCAGCACCGUGGAGCAGGUCAACAGCAACGGCAGCAACAGCCCCCGCCUGUCCCCACAGCAGUACAGCCACCCCGUGCACGUGAAGGAGGAGCCAGCUGAGGCGGAGGAGGACAGCAGACCCGUGUCAUUGAUGGCCACCACCAACCAGAAUGUGACGAUCCCCGACGACAGGGACCUGGAGGAGGAGCUGCCGGUGGAGGACUUGUCCUAAGGACUCCUUCCUCCUCCCCCACCGAGGGGCAAACCCUUCCCACCCUCCUGGACGGAGACCAAGCGACGCUCCCACCUCCCCAAGGUGACCUUGGCGUUAUCCUGGUUCUUUCAAGGCACUUCCACAAAGCAAAAGGUUUUCCUUGGGACGAUGACAACGACAACGACACCAACCUGUUGCUGCUGGCGUGUCCCUCACGCCGCCACUGCCCGGGGACGGACUGGCCCCGCCACGACACCAGAAGCAAAACCCCAAGAGCUGGACUUUUCCUGCCCUCCUCCCUUGGUUAGUGACUGGUGGACGAGGAUGGUAGGUUGGUUGUUCCUGUCCGAAAUGGUCCCUCCUUCCUUCCUGCAGGGAAGGCACCUCCGUCCCCUCUCCCCCCGCGGUGCCCGGGCCCCGGGGAGCGAUGGCAGGACCCCGCUGUCACCUCUGCGUCCCCCGCUGGGUUUUGCACUACGGAGGGAUCGUGGACCCUGCCCACGUGCUGCCUCCACCCAGCUUUGGGGGAAAAAAGAGCAGAAACGGGGCUGAACCCUCUGCCGGACGUGGGGUUUGUCACGGAGCUGGGAUGGACACGAACCAGCGCGGUGGUGGGACGGUGUCCCCUUGUCACCUCUGCCUGGCAAGCAGAGCGUCCUCCCGGCUUGUCCACCCUCCCUGAGCCCCAGCAGUGCUGACCAACCCCAGCAGGGCUGACCAUCAGGGCUGACCAUCAGUGCUGACCACCCCAGCAGUGCUGACCACCCCAUCAGUGCUGACCACCCCAGCAGUGCUGGCAGAAGGACACAGCUCCUUCCUUCCUGCUGGACAUCGGCCACAGCGGUGCCACCUCCCAGCCAGCAGGGACGGCCACUGCUCCCAUUUCACUUCAGGGAAAAGCUCCCUGUGCCUCCCAUUCCACCCCCAAAGCUGGGCCAGGGGCUUGGUGGAGCAAAAGGGGCAACAUCCCCACGGCUGAGCACCUGCAGGGGACCUGGGGGUCAUCAAAGCUGGCCCUGGAGGAUCCCUGCGGUGGCCAAAUCUGGCUGUGGCCCCUGAGCCGAGCCUGCUGCUGGUGGAGGGGGGGAGGAAAUUCUGCUUUUCAUCUUUUCUUUUCCUCAUCCUUUUGUUUGCGUCCAGAUGGGAAGAUACCAAAAGAUUUCUUAGAGACAGAAGGUCCAUAGUUCAGGUGAACAGAUGGUAUCCAUGCCAAAAAAAAAAAAAACAACAACACACACACACAAAAAAUUAAUAAUAACGAGAACAACAAAACCAAA